UCACACACACACACACUCACACACACACACACACUCACACACACACACUCACACACACACUCACACACACACUCACACUCACACACACACUCACACACACACACACUCUCACACACAUUCACACACUCAAGCACUCACAUACACAUGCACUCACACACACUCACACACUCACACACACACUCACACACACACUCACACUCACACUCACACACUCUCACACACAUUCACACACUCAAGCACUCACAUACACAUGCACUCACACACACUCACACGCACUCACACACACAUACAUACAUACUCAUGCACUCACACUUACACACUCACACACACACAUUCACACACUCAAGCACUCACAUACUCAUGCUCUCGCACACACAUAUUCACACACUCAAACACGCACUCACUCACACACCCACACACACACUCACACACACACUCACACACUCACACACACACUCACACACACUCACACACACACACUCUCACACACUCAAGCACUCACAUACUCAUGCACUCACAUACUCAUGCACUCUCACACACUCACACACACUCAAGCACUUACAUACACAUGCACUCACACACACUCACACGCACUCACACACAUACAUACAUACUCAUGCACUCACACUUACACACUCACACACACACACACACACACACACAUAGAUACUCAUGCACUCACACUUACACACUCACACACACACACACUCACACACACACAUCACACAUUCACACACUCAAGCACUCACAUACUCAUGCACUCACACACACACAUAUUCACACACUCAAACACGCACUCACUCACACACACACGCACUCACAUACACAUACAUACAUACUCAUGCACUCACACUUACACACUCACACACACACACACACACACACACACUCACACAUACAUACAUACUCAUGCACUCACACUUACACACUCACACACACACACACACACAUCACACAUUCACACACUCAAGCACUCACAUACUCAUGCACUCACACACACACACACAUUCACACACUCAAACACACACUCACUCACACACCCACGCACUCACACACACACAUUCACACACUCACACACGCAUUCACUCACACACACACGCACUCACAUACACAUACAUACAUACUCAUGCACUCACACUUACACACACACAUCACACACAGACAUUCUCGUGCACUUAAACCCACACACAUCCGUACAUAUUCAUGCGCACACACACACACUCACACACACACCUUCCCCUUCCAGUCAUACAGAGUUAUAUGUAACUCCACCCCAUAUAGAGCCCAGACUCUAGUUAACUCAAGGUCAGCGUCACCUUCUCAAAGCAUAACUGAUAACACCAGCAGUCACAUGCUACGUAUUUCUGACUGUAUGUGAAAUGUAAUAAUAAUUUUAUACCUACUUUUGUGUAAAGCUGCUUUGUGACCAUGUCCACAUUGUACACUAAUAAAACAGAAGUGAAGCUGGUAAAGACGAGGCUUGUUCUCUGUCUGCAUGGACCCUCGGUGUGAGACGCUCACGUCACCUCAGCUCUGUCUCUCUGUUCUGUUACUGACUGAAGCCUACAAUUUACACCUUAUACAUAAUCCAUCAGCUGCCCUUGAGUGAAACUGAGCUAAAACAGGUUCUACUGCGGGUUCUACUGCGGGUUCUACUGCGGGUUCUACUGCGGGUUCCACUCACAGAUCACUGCCUUCUGAUCCGCUGCAAUCACAAUCACAGAUUUGGUUCAAAUGAGGUGCAAAUUUAACAACAAAAAAACUGCACGUUGGGUUUUUUUUUUUGCUUUAUAUACACACAUUCAUACUGUUGUCCAACACACACACACACACACACACAGUGUACCAACUCCCUGAGACAAUACUGCACACUUCAUUCAGUCCACACAUGAGGUAAAGAACCUUCUGUGUACUUCCUGUUUCCUGUAAACAGGUUUCAUCAACACAACAAGCGCAGUGUUCAACUGACAACUAACAACGUCUCAAUUUUAUUACAAUGCUAAUGUAGCAGACGACGCAGAGCUAAUUCUGCCUCCUUUACUGCAGUCUGGAAGAAACGGGAGAGAGAGAGAGAGAGAGAGAGAGAGAGAGAGAAAGAGGGAGAGAGAGAGAGAGAGAGAAAGAGGGAGAGAGAGAGAGAGAGAGACA